AUGGCUCGUACUCGUUCCCAAACUCGCGCUCAAUCGCAAAAGCGUUCUAAAUCCACAAGACGCUCUCGUGCCGAAUCCACAAGUGAAUCAUCGUCAGCUAUGUCUUCCUCAAGAAGUAGAAGCAGAUCUGCUACCAGGGGUCGACCAGCCACUAAGAAGACUUUACAUGGGCGUGUAGCUCGUGGCAAGCACUACGCACAACCCACCGCAUCAUCUAGAAGUCGUUCAAGACCAGUAAAAGAAAAGAAAGAGACUCGCAAGUCAAACUCAAAAAAGCUUCCAUCUGCAACCCGAAGAACUAAAAGCGUUGACACUGGCAAUAUGGAUUAUGAUGAGAAUGGAAAUAGUCGUAAUCAUCCAUUCCUCCAAGAACUACCAUUCAGUCCUAUCGAAGUACCCAGGUCGAUUGACUCAUCUUCAGAAUAUGUUAUGGACGAUUCGACUUUUGUGCUUCAUACGUCAAUUCAAUCACCAUCGAAAGCCAACCGUUUGCGUCGCGCCACUUCCACCCCUAAAUUAUUAUCUGAGCAUAUGAAGAAGCCAGCCACUCUUCUACGCGAAGUUCUGUUGAAGGGAGUUAACAAAAGCAAAAGCCAAUACGACGCUGAUGUCUAUAGUUUGGAAUCAGAAUCGGAGACUGAAGCUGAUGUUGAAAUGAUGAAAGUAAAGACAGAGAAAAGCUCAGUUGCUCGGGAGUUAUUCCCUCAAUCGAAGGCGGCUGAAGCUUUCGAAGUUCCAUGUAUUUUGUCCGCACCACUCCAGGUUCGCACAGGACAAGUUGUUUGUGUCGACCCGGUCAGCAAAAAGAUUUUCCUCCAAACAAUCAUCACUAUCGUUUCAUCAAACUUGAAACCAAAUGAAAUAGAAGAUGAACUAUGCUUCGCUAAAGAGGUUCGUCCAGAAAUGACAGUAGGAAGUACCUGCUUGGAAAAUGGUGCAACCGCUUCAACAACAGUACAAAGAGUAUUCGUUGGCAGAAGAGUCAUUGUCAUUGAAAAGAACACAAUGUUCUCGCAAAAGAACAUUCCUGAUCCCAUCACUACAGAGCAGUCCAGAUUGUAUCCAAAAGUUGCUCCUGGAAUUAUUAAUGAAAAAGCUCAUCAAAGACCGACGGAUGAAUUCCUUUCCAUUCAAUCAACCGACGAGUCAACUCUGGACAAAGACAUUUUCCGUAAGAGAGAGUUCAUCACAUUGAACUUCUCUAGCUUGGUUCCAACUGAAAUUUGUCUUGAACGCAAGAAGAGCAUCCCAAUGGUUCUCAAGAGCGAAGACAAAAAAGCCGAAAUGUCUCAGUUCCAUGAACAUAUCUUUACUGAAGGAGACAAGAUUAUUAUCGAUCGUGAAGUGCUCAUUGACACCCGAGCAACAACUGCAGGACAUAUAUGGGAUGCUUCCAUCAUUACACGUAAAGAAGAACGACGUGAAUACAGUUAUAUGAUCAAAGAGAAGAAUGGCUCUUUAGCAUACAUCUCAGAGCUCAUUUCAAACGAAGCCAAUGUUUGGGAGUAUUCCUAUUUUAAAAAUAGUAAUAAGACCAAGACAGCUCAAAAAUCACUUACUCGUCUGAUACAAAGUGAUCUCGAUCGCUCAAGAGUUAUCCAAGAGUCCCCAAGCUUCCCCAAAGUGAAAGAAGAAGAACCAACGGAAGCAACUCUUCUCAUUGAGAACUUCACUGAUACCACCAGCAAGUUUGACUAUUCCAGUACAGAUGAGUCGAACAAAUCCAAAUCAAAAUCAAUAAUCCAUCACUCAACCACAGAUGAAAAUACCGAACAUCGUGAUGAAAUCGUGACCAAGUUGCAAGAAAUUGGUCGAAAAAAUAAAGAAAGACUUUCCGCAACAAUGCCGGUGUCUAAGAACAGUGCUCCGAAAUCUUUCGGGAGUUCCAAAUCAUUUGGAGAAGCUCCAAAAGUAAUGGAGCACUUCUUAGAGCAAUGUUUAGACGACUCUCAUUCUGAAACAAUGCGAGUUCACGAAAAAGUUCUUCAUUUGCAAGCUUUGAUCAACAACAAGCCGUAUUCGCUCAUUUCUAAAUAUAGAUUUUCGACCAAUGCUGAAAACGUACAUGUGGAGCCGUUAAAACUUGUAGUCGACGGACAAAGUCUUUUUGAUGUCAAAGAUAAACACGGAAGUACUGAAUCUGUUGAGAAAUCAACGAACAGCUCGAAGAAGCCAUCACAUUGA